AGCCGCCCCAGCCCAAGCCGCUCUGGUCGCGCGCCGCCCGCCCGCCGACUGCGUGCCGCGAUGCAGCUGGCCUCCGUCUUCGAGCACGCCCACGGGCACCCCUGCCUUCCCCCGUGGCCGCGGCGGCUGGCCUUCCCGCCGGGGUCGUGGCAGGCCCUUGCAGGCCCGCCGCCAGAGUCCGCAGAAGAAGAAGAAGAAGACGAAGCUUCGGCGCAAAUGUACAGUGUCGGAGGUCCGCGCGGACCCCUCGGAUCCAAGCGCCCCCCGGCGGCCUUCCGGGAGGCGGCCGAGCUCGGCGCUCCCGCGGCCGACCAGGCCGCGGCCGGGCCCUCGCCUGCGCCGCCGCGGGCGCCCGGCGGUGCCGCCGCCGUCCUGGCGCUCUACCCGCCGGGCCUCGCUCCGCCAGAGCAGGCUGCGGAGCGGAGGCGCCUGCCGGCGCCCGAGUGGUCCCCGUUGCCGCCGGCGCUGCCUGAUGCGGCGGCGCUGGCGGGGGAGCCGCCGCCGCCAGCGUGGGCCACGCGCCCUGUGGGACUCGCGGGUGAGCAGCAGUCGCCCCACGAGGCGGUGCCGCGGCUCGGAGACCCUAGCCUCCUGUGCGGGCGGUCGUCGCAGCCCCGCCUCUACGUGCACAUCCUGCUCCACAUGCAGGUCGCGGGCUUCGACCUGGUCCCCCGCCUGAUCGGCCACCGCGGCUGCAACAUGCGGCGCAUCGCCACCGCCACGGGCGCCAAAGUCAGGAUCCGGGGGCGCGGCAGCGGCUUCCUGGAGGGGAAGCACAUGCGGGAGGCCCCGACUCCGCUGAUGGUGGCCAUCGCCACGCGGCGCGAGGAGGUGCAUGGCUUCGUGAAGGCAGUGGGGAUGACGCUCCAGACGCUGCACGGCAUGGAGGAGGCCUUCCGCUCGCACUGCCACCGCCAGCGGGUGACGCAUCAGGGCCCCUGCGCCAGCGUCGAGGGGCCCGCGAGGGACUUCCUCGCCGACGCGCUCCAGGAGGCGCCCUGGGCGGGCGACUACUUUUCGAGGCGGACGCGGCGCCAGGCGUGAGACGCGGCCAGAGGCGGCGCCCUGGGGUGCCAAAUGGCGCCUCGGGCCAUUUCUCCCUCCGCCAGAAUCUGGGCGGCCAGGGCCGCCUCGCGGGGUUUCCGCGCAGGCAAGAGGCUCAAGGCUCGGUGGCUGCGUCGCAGGGUGGGCGAGGCGGCCACCGGGCCCAGAGGCUUACGCCGAUGCUGCCCCUCACCGUGCACUGCCGACUACAAUUCUGCUUGCUGCAUGCCCGCUUCGCAGACCUGGCGUGCCACCCGGAGGCGCGCCAGUGCUAGUGCUAUGCGACCGGUUCCUUGUCGUCCAAAGCCGCACCCUCACCACACCCUCCACGUGUGCAGAUGCAGCAUUCGAAACAAGUCUUCACGGACGCUAAACCUAGUUACCUGCCUGAUUCCCAUCCCGUCCUGACGCACUCGAGCUGCAGACCCAGUGAUCUUCUGAAUCGGCGUCCCUUUCAGCGCUACGGCUUCCUACGAGCGUGCUCGUCCGACCUUUUUCGUUUCGGUGCCCCGUCUGUUGCUUCACAGCCUCGGCGGGGCGGGAGCGAGGCAGGGGGGAGGAAAGGAGUGUCAGGGAGGCAGGAGGGGCCAAGCCUCCGCUCGCCGCGUGCGUUUUUUUUUGCUUCGAGGGAGAGGGCGCGCGUGCAGGCUGGUGGGCUUGGAGGGCAGUGGCCUGUCGGAGCGAGGCCCACCUCUUCAGGAUGCUGCGCCCCUCUCCGGAAACGGGAGCAUGUACAUUACUGGUGGCUGGCGGCGGGCCCCCCCCUCGGAUCAUUUGAAGAGUUUAAUCCUCGGGCGGCGCCUGCCGGGGGGGGGGGG